ACUGAGUGGCUCACCAGUGAAGAGAACGAGAAAUAUUUUGUGAGUAAAAAGAAAGGACAUGAAGCAUUCUGCGAUUAUUAUUUUGGUGCGGUUAGGGACCUAAAAAAGAACAGGCCGAAAAACUACCUCCUUCAGUUUUCUCAUCUUUCUCACUGUAGCAUAUCUUGGUGCUCGGUGGAUGAAAAGGGGCCUAUGUUCAAGAAGUACUCAGUUUGCCUUAGGCGUAUUAUAGUAUAUCCUCAGCCGAAGAUCCGCUAAACAACAGAACUCUACUACACAGUGCAGCAAUAAUAGAUAACAGAGAUGCAUUGGAACUUCCUUUGAGGCAUUUUAGUUGCAUUGAUUGUGUUGAUGAUCAUGGAAUCACUCCCGCGUUUUUGGCAGCCGAGCGAGGGUUUGUGGACAACCUUGCUUUCUUGGUCAAAAAAGGAAAAGCACCUCACUCACUGUCCAUGUCAACUCUGUCGAACUCGAACAAGUCCAGUCUCAUAAACUGUUAGGUGUAAUUAUUGAUACUCAGCUUAAUUUUAAUGAGCAUAUUGAUAAUGUAAGAAGCUAACAAUGUAUAAUGUAAGAAGCUAACAAAGCGUAUUGCUGUUUUGAAAAAAAAUCAGGUGUCAUUUACCUUUAGAUCAACGAAUUCUUUAUUACAAUGCGAUGAUAAAGCAAACCAUGAUGUAUGGCUCUGGUGUGUGGUUUUCUACAUCUGUUGAUAAUUUAAGUAAGGUCUUCGGGCUACAGAAGCGUGCCGCACGCGUUAUUCUCAAUGCUGAUACUAGAGCAAAUAGUGUAGAUCUGUUUAGAGAACUUAAUUGGCUACUUUUUUUUCAUGAAGCUAAGAUUAAUGUCAUUAAUCAGUGCGCAUUAGUUUAUAAACGUUUGAACGCGGAGUGUUCCGAUUAUAUGCUAGAAUUACUCAAACGAAACAUCGACAUGCGUCAUGAUACGUUCUACUGAAAAACAAAGUGGAUAUGAGUCUUUGAAUUUAAUUUGUCCAAAUAAUAAAAGAGAAUAAUCAGAAGAUGCUAGGACUUUUCAAGUAUCAGCCACUAGGUUUUGGAAUUCACUUCCCAAUGAAAUUAAGUGUAGCUCUAGUUUAGAAAUUUCAAGGAAAUCUUUAUAUAAGUAUUUUUGGAGUCCUAUAAAGAUGUUCAUCACUUUACUAUAGCCUAGGCUAUUCUACUUUAUUCUCGUAUAUUUUAUAUAAAUUUUUAGAUAAUUCUUAUUUUAAUUGUUUAAUCACUUAGUUUUAAUUACUUCAUUAUUUAUAUGUAUUUGUGUUUAUUUUCAAUUUCUUUUGAGGGCCAUGAGUUUAUCAGUAUUUUACACUAUCAAGUGCCACCCUCGAAAAUAAAGUUGAUCAUUAUAUUAACCCAAGAGAGGAUAAAGGGGAUAGAGAAGGCAUUCCCCAUACACACCCUAUUCCAUAGGUAAUUCGUCUCGAGUUAUUUUUAGAAUCGGGACAAAGUUACCUCGCGCGCUGCGUGGAUGUUUCGUGGAGGUUUCGCAUGAGUAAACGCCGUGCAAAACAUGUCGGGCGAAAGGCAAUGAAAGCGUAAAGAGAUCGAGAGUAUUUCUGAAUAUUGAAGCGAAAUGAGUCGGCGCUCACCUGGGAAAAGGGAAUCGCUGGACUCUUUGACAACCCUUGAAAUCAGUUUAACUCGAAGUUGUCGUAAACUCAGUGCUUUAAUAAAUUGAGAAAUUUCGCCAGUCUAUUUUAUAUUGAAACCGGUCGCGUUGUACAAUAAAGCAAGUAGGACGCCAAGUGUUAUAUUUGUUGAAUAAUAAAAGAAUAAUAAAAGAAUAAACAUCAAACCAGAAAUUGCUCUCUUCAAACUAUAAAUUAUAAAUGAUCCUGAGAGAAUAUUCAGUGUGUUAAGGAUUUCCUUGCUGUACUGUUAGCUCUAUACAAGAGAGGAGGGACGAUUCUUUUUUAAUUUCCUUUCGCUGACACCGCUUUAGUAGAAAUCCCUCUUUAGUCGUUUUCGUCGACAAAACGAAUAGCAAUAUCGCUCUCCGCGUCUUCCGCCAUUUUUUUCAGUGUCAAUUCGUGAAGGACGCGUGGCUCUGAGCGUGGGUCAUCCACGCGGAACACAGUCGCGCUAUGUGAUUGGCUGUUGUCAAGAGCCAUAAUAGGACAGAGAGGGACACUCAGGGCGUUGGCCGGGAUAUCUUAAUCCCAAAAAAGUUAUUUUUAGAACUAUGCGGACCAUGCGAAAACAGUUUCCGGUAAACUGGUUGACUUCCGGAAGACUCGCUUUCACGAUUUCAGGGCGCCAAAGCGAGGCGGCGUCAACAAAUAAAAAAAAUGGCGGCACAAGUGGAGGGACGAUGUGAAGUUGAUAAAUUGGCCUUCUUCAACAAAGAACCUACCAUAGAAACUGCUUAAAACUUCCACAAAAAAGGGUCCUUUACAAGCAACGAUAGAAAUCGGUAAAAGCGACCGCGUGACCAUCGUUUUUGUUUGAACAGCUGGAAAGAGGACAAGUAGCACUGCGGCCCGGAUAAGCGUUGAAGACAAAAUGCGCGGGUCCUACAAAGACGACCGUACAAGCAACCAUGUGGACAUAUUUUCUAUUGAAAGAGGAAGGAAAAGAACGUAUAAAGGUUUCCAGUAUUUUUGUCACGGACAUGACUGGGAAUCUUGUGGAACACACCUUUUCCUGCUUGACUGAUAUUUUGUUCCGCACUUCACAUUGGACAAUUAGCAAUUCUUUAUUGAACACGAGGUUAAUAGAAGCGGAGGUUAAUGUUCCUAAAUCAGUAAAGAAACCAAAAAGCUCAAUUUGAUUGACGGAUCAAAUCAUGCGUGGAAAUCGGUAAACAAUAGGUUUCAUCUUUACAGAAUUUUCAAACAUUGCAAAUCAAAUCGGAAACAAUAGCCAAUAUGGUUUAUAUGGAAUCGCCAGAAGUGUAAAUUGUACUUCCAAACCUAAGAAGAAAAGUAGAGCUUUGUUUUCAUCUGUCGACGCGCCAAGUUAGAGGAAAAAGGUUUUUUGUGCAGCUAAUUUGUGCUGUUCUUUGUAAGUGCAGACAACGGUGGCCCGGUUGCUUGAGGUAAGGAGCCGUUUCUCUGUAGUUUUCUCUGCCCUGUUUAAUUGAAAUCUCGAGCUUUCGUUAACAUUUGCUUUCAGUUUUUUUUCUCAUAAGUCAGUUGAAUUUGAUUUCGGGGGAAAAUUUGUCUUUAACGGAAAUGUUGAGUUCACCCACCCCUUCUACUCGAUUAAACUGUAAUUGUCAACAUUCCAUCGAGCAAAAAAUAUUGAAACUUUGAAGUAUUUUCAUACCUUCAAAAGAGUGGACCCUAGGAUUUUGCCGAAUUCUGAAAGGUUCUUACUCUAAAAAAAUUAGCAAAACAACGAGCUCACGAAUUAUUUACUCGCGAGGUUAAAACACUAUCACUGAGUGUGUAUCCUGAAACCGAUUUUUGCUUGUAAAAACUUUAUUUGUGUAAGGUUAUUUGUGUUUUUCAUGUUGCAAACGGUGUUGAAAUAAAUACGACAGUAUGAUAAUCUCAUCUGGAGUUUGUUUUACCAAGCCUCAUAUUUUCCUCAUACACCUGUAAUAAUUAACCUUUACAGAUCCUGCACCACAAUGUAUAGGUAAGAUUUCCAUACAACCCCAAACAUUUGUUAUGUGUGUUAAAUAAUAUAAGCUUGCUGCAUGCAAAAUAAAUAUAGGGGUUUGGAUGCACAGGACCUUUUGAUGUUGUGUUUGCCACUUAUUGAUCCAGCAAGUUUUGUCUACUUUAGUAAGCACUCGUGGUGUUAGGUGUCGGCUGCUGAAUGUAGUCUUUUCUUUUUUUCUCUAUAGAAAGCACUCAAAAGUGAUAAGAAUAUAAACUACUGCAAUAAGUUCAAGCUGUGUAUAGCUUCUUGUUUAUAAUUAUGUCUUAUUUCUUGUACCUCCCCUCCUCAGUGAAAGCCUAAUUAACUCAUCUUCUACAUUGUAUGGUAUGCAGACCCCAUAUUAAGCAGACACCCUGUAUUCAGCAGUCGAAUAGUUCAAAAUGUGGCAAAACGUUUCUUUCCACAAUUUAAGAAAAACAAACCAGUAUUUAGUGGAUAUCUCUAAUAAGCAGAAAGCAGCAAAGUUUGUGUGGAUGUCCCCCUAAUUCUAAAAAUUAUACAGGGUUUUUUUUUAUUUAUAACAACCUUGUAUGCAUAAAAAUAGGUGGUAAAAAGAAGGAUGAGUGAGGGUGCAAAGAGAGAAGAACUGAGUCCUUAUGCCAGGCUGGCUCCCUCCCUGAAGAUAUAAUAUAAAAUACGAUAUGUAAAGGUUUCAUAAAACUGGUACAUCAUUUUAUGUUGUGUGUCUUUUAGACUGUGAGCAGUCUCUCUUCAGCUUGAAAAUCUGUAAGCGAGAGUAUUUGAGCAGCGAAGUUGUGUGAGUUGCGAGGGCGCAAAUUCGAAUACGCUGCUCAAAUACUCUUGCUUACACAUUUUCAAGCAAAAGAGAGACUGCUUGCAGUCUAUAUGUCUUUCAGUGUCUGCAAACUUUUCUGUUGUUUUCUGACAGGUUGAAUUGAAGGAACAAUAAUACUAGCAAUCAUGAAUUCUCUUUUAAGAUCUCUGCAUGACCUUGCCACGGAAUUGGUACUGGGGAAAAUAAUGUACAAGUUUGACAAACAGUGCAAGUUCUAUAUUUUGGGGCAAGGGAGCACUUAUUUAUUUAUUUAUUAUUUUUUAUACUUCUGUUAAACUAUAUGGCUGCCAAUGCAUUUGGGAUUUGAAAUUUGAGGAAUACUGGGAAGAGUGUGACCAUUACUGAGUGACACACACAUUAUUGUGAAAGGUUUGAACCCAGGAGUCAUUUCAAAAGUACGUUGAGUUUGAUCGUCCGGGUGAACGUAGUCACUGUCAACAACAACAGUCCUAUUCAGGACUACGUUCACCCGGAUGAUCAAACUCAACCUACACAUGUUAUUGUACACACUACAUUACUAUUAAUUUGUCUCCUUCUAGAUGCUUUCCCCUACAUUGCCUCUUUCAAGCCAUGGCAUGAAUAGAUGCAAUUGAUUCAGUCACACACUAUGUUUUAUUGCUCCAGAAUGUUUCUCUCAAUGCAACCCUGGCAUGCAAGUGCAUAAAUUGAUUGUCUCACCAAUGAAAGAAACUCAGUUGACUUAAUUAAGAGGUCAAGGUGUGACCAAAGGUUUUAUUUUAAUGUGAUACUGCCAUUUUUAACUUAAACCCUUCCUCAAUGAAGGUCAUAUUCUCAAAUACUGAUCAGCUUAACUUUCCUGUGGUGUCUUAAUGGUUGCAUGAGGCCUGAUCAAUCAUAAUGUGCAGGCCAGCAACAUGUGAAUUUAUUAGAUUAUUUAAAGGGAAAGAUUGGGUUGUCAUGGUGGAUGCCUUAAAAGCAAAAGAUCACACAAACUUGCUCUGCCUGCAGACUCGGCUUUAAGAGCAUCAGAAAUGCAACAUUAAUAUCAAUAAAGUCAAUGUUUCAACAUGUUGAAAUGCAAAAAGGUGCUCACUUUACUAUUGUCUGUAUUAUACUUCUGAUUGGUUUAUAGGCAGCAAAAUUCAAGAAAAAUUUGCAAAGCAGCAUGUAUAUGAAUCCUUAUAACAAAAUCUUAUGAGUCUGGAUAAAACAGAUAUCCCAUGCAUGUCUGGAACAUAAAAUUAAUGUAAAGUUUUCUUCAGUUGGCUAUAAUGUUUGCAGCUCUAAUGAUUGGUUGAAACCUUUUAACACAAAGAAAAUACCCCUUAAAAUGGGUAUGGAUAGAUUUAUUUUUGAAAACAUUGUUUUUUCUGAAAAUAUGGUUAGAAACUUUUCAAACAUACUGAGCUAUUCAUCUGCUUAACAUAGGAUGUAACUUUUAAUAUGGGGUCCGCUUAAAUAUACAGGUUUUGCCAUACACUAUUAUAAGUUUGUAUUUUUUUCUGUGUGGGAGGGGGUAAAAAAAAAAUAAGACACAACUCAGUAAGAAGCUAUAAACAGCUUGAACUUAUUGCAGUAGUUUUUAUUCUUAAUACUUUUGAGUGCUUUCUAUAAUGAAAAAAAGAAAAGACUACAUUCAGCAGCUGACACCUAAAAACAUGAGUGCUUACUAAAAUAGAGAAAACUUGCUGGAUCACUAAGUGGCAAACACAACAUCAAAAGGUCCUGUGCAUCCACGAAUGCCUGAAGUUUGAAUUAUGCUGUGGUACGAUUUGCAUUCAAACCCCUACAUUUAUUAUACAUACAGCAAGCUUACAUUAUUUAACACACAUAAUGAAUGCUUGGGGUUGUAUGGAAAUCUUACCUACACAUUGUGGUGCAGGAUCUGUAAAAGUUCAUUAUUACAGGUGUAUGAGGAAAAUAUUAGGCUUGGUAAAACCACAUAAAGCAAAUAAACGCCACAUGAGAUUAUCAUACUGUAGUAUUUAUUUCAACAUGAAAAAACACAAAUAACCUUACACAGAAGCAUUGCGACAGAGUUAUACGCUUCGGGGUUAUAUGCUUCUGCCUUACACAAAUAAAGCUUUUACAAGCAAAAAUCGUUUUCAGAAUUCAGUGAUCUUUGUGGUGUUUUAGCCUCUCGAGUAAAAAAUGAGAUAGCUCGGUGUUUUGCCAAUCUUUUUUAGAGUAAGAACCUUUCAGAAUUCGCUAGGGUCCAUUUUUUUGAAGGUAAGGAAGACUUCAAAGUAUUCAAGAACGUUUUCCGAUUAACUUUACUGAGCAGUAUUUUUCGCUCGAUGGAAUGUUGACAAUUACAAAUUGAAAAGAAGAGGAUGUUUCUGUGUAAACUCAACAUUUCCUUCAAAGGCGAAUUUUCCCCAGAAAUCAAAUUCAACUUGUGACAGAAAAAAUUAAAAGCAAAUCUUUACGAAAUUUCGAGAUUUCAAUGUCAAGAAAACUACAGAGAAACGGCGCCUUACCUCGAGCAACCGGGCCACCAUUGUCUGCACUUAUUAAAGAACAACACAAAUUUGCUGCACAAGAACCCUUUUUCCCUAACUUGGCGAGUCGACAGAUGAAAACAAAGCUCUUCUUUUCUUCACAGGCUGGGAAGCAGAAUUUAAAGUUCUGGCUAUUCCAUAUAACCCAUUAUUAGGCCAUUGUUUGCGAAAGGAUUUUUAACUGCGAUUUGAUUUGCAAUGUUUGAAAAUUCUGUAAAGAUCAAACUUUUGCACAUACCGAUUUUCACACAUGAACUGAUCCGUCAAAACCGUCAAUCACAUUGAACUUAAAUGGUCUCCUUACUGAUUUUUAAUCUUGCUGAAUAGUGGCUUUAGGAAUAUUAACCUCGCCGCGAAUAUUCCGCUUCUAUUCACCUCGUGUUCAAGAAUAAUUGUUAAUUGUCCCAUGUGAAGUACGGUACAAAAUAUCAGUCAAAGCAGGGAAAGGUGUUUUCCACAUGAUUCCUGGUCAUGUCCUUGAGAAAAAUACUGGAAGCCUUUAUACGUUUUUUCCUUCCUCUUUCAACAGAAAAUACGUCCACACGGUCGCUUGUACGGUCGUCUUUGUAGGACCCGCGCAUUUUGUGUAAAACGCAAUGCUACUUGUCCUCUUUCCAGCUGUUCCAACAAAAACGAUGGUCCACGCGGUCGCUUUAACUGUAUUUCUACCGUUUCUUGUAAAGGAUCCGUUUGUGUAGAAGUUUUAACUAUUUUCUAUGGUAGGUUCUUCGUUGAAGAAGGACAAUUUAUCAAGUACACACCCUCCACAUUGUCCCUCCACUUUAGCAGCCAUUUUUUUCAUUUAUUGACCCCGCCUCGCUUUGGCGCGCUGAAUCUUCCGGAAGUCAACCAGUUUACCGGAAACUGUUUCCGCAUGGUCCGCAUAGUUCUAAAAAUAACUUUUUUGGGAUUAAGAUAUCCCAAAGGCGUGACUGGGAGUGUCCCUCUCUGUCCUAUUAUGGCUCUUGCUGUUGUCUAAUCCCCCUUGGGAUCUGUAGUCUUAAAAAUACCUCGAGACGAAUUACCUAUGGAAUAGGGUGUGUAAGGGGAUGCCUUCUCUGUCCCCUUUAUCCUCUCUUGAUUAACCACAAGACGAAGAAAUUAUGGUUGCAUUUUAUAAAGCCAACUUACUAAGAGGUUCACAAAAUAUCCACACUGGAGUAUUUAAUGAAAAUUAUCUCAAGAUUAUCGAGCCUUUUGAUGAAUCCAAGUAA